CUGUGGAUAUUUCAGAGGAAAUCCUUAUAAAUCCCAGCAAUGAGAAAAUUGGGCCGGAGUCAUUUGAACUGUUGAACCUACUAGGAAUUGGUGGUAAUGGGAAAGUGUUUCAAGUAAGGAAAUUGGCAGGCCACAAUGCUGGGAAAAUAUUUGCAAUGAAAGUUUUAAAAAAGGUCUGUGAAUGCAUGUGUCUGAAUCAAUAUCAGAGUUUUAAAGAAGACCAAAUGAAAUGUUUUUAGCCAUCUUUCUUUUCCAGGCCAUACUCUAAAGUCAAAGAGACAUGACUUUCGCAAAUAGUGAAAGAAAUAUUCUUGAAGCUGUCAAGCAUCCAUUUAUUGUGGAUUUAAUAUAUGCAUUCCAAACUGGAAGAAAAUUAUAUCUUAUUUUGGAAUAUUUAAGUGGUGGAGAACUUUUUAUGCGUUUAAAACAAAAAGGGGUUCUUAUGGAAGACACAACUGCGUUUUAUCUAUCAGAAAUAACCUUGGCCUUAGAGUAUUUACAUAAACAAGGAAUCAUAUAUCGUGAUCUCAAACCAGAGAAUAUUUUAUUACAAGCUGAUGGCCAUAUCAAGUUGACAGACUUUGGAAUGUGCAAAGAGUCAAUGUUUGAAGAGAAUGUUACAUACACGAUUUGUGGGACUGUUGAAUACAUGUAAAGGAUGACCUCUAAAUAUGUUAAUGCCAAUCCUGACAGAUAUUAGGAGAAAAAAGAUGGGAGAAAAUGCUUGAUGAAAAUAAUUGGUGAAAAUGAUUUUUUUCUUGUGGGGCGCCGGAAAUUUUUGCAAAAAAAGGUUAUGGAAAAGCUGUUGAUUGGUGGAGUUUAGGGGCUUUGAUGUAUGAUAUGUUGACUGGAGAUCCACCGUUCCGCGGUAAAACUA